AUGGAUUCGGAUAAGUUGAGAGAAGAGGGAAAGAAAAUGAUUGAUUUUGUUGCCGAUUAUUGGGAUGGAAUACGUGAAAGGAAGCCACUUCCAGCAAUCAAACCAGGAUAUAUCAACGAACUUGUGCCCGCACAAGCUCCAUCAUCUCCAGAAGACUGGUCGAAAAUCUUUGACGACUUGGAGAAUGUGGUUGUAAAUGGAGCCACCCAUUGGCAUCAUCCUCACUUCUUCGCUUACUUUCCAACUGCUCUCAGCUAUCAAUCAAUCAUGGCUGAUAUCCUUUCUGGUGGAAUCGCUGGAAUCGGAUUCACGUGGAAAUCGUGUCCAUCAAUGACAGAAUUGGAGAUGUCAUCAUUGGAUUGGGUUGUUGAUUUGAUGGGAUUACCAGAACAUUUCAAGAAUUCUCAUGAUGGACCUGGAUGUGGAAUAAUUCAAUCGACGGCAUCUGAUAGUACAAUGAUUGCUAUUAUGGCUGCAAGAGCAUCUCAUGUUGAGAGAAUUAAAGCAGAGCCAUCUUUCAUGAAAUGGGUUUCUGAGACUGGAGUUGGAAAGACUUUGAAGGGAAUUUUCGAUCGUGUUAAAACCAAUAAGAUUGAUGAUGAAGCAUCUGGAAUCAUAACUCCAUACUUCCAUGAUCCAACUGUUUUCGAAAAAUUCGUGAUGUAUUGCUCGGAUCAAGCGCACUCUUCUGUUGAAAAGGGAGCAAUGUUGUCUGCUGUUCGACUCCGAAAAUUGAAAGCGACUAGAGGAUUUCUAGGAAAUUAUAGUGUCUCCAAGGAAACUCUUCAGAAUGCAAUUAAGGAAGACCGUGCACGUGGAUAUAUUCCAUUCAUGUUCCUUGCGACUGUUGGAACAACAUGUUCUUGUGGAGUCGAUCAGGUUGAUGAGCUGGGGCCGAUUUGUGUUGAAGAAGGAUUGUAUCUCCACGUGGAUGCUGCAUAUGCUGGAACUUUUGCUCUUUGUGAUGAGUUCAAGUACUUGAUUCGUGGAAUGGAACACGUCGACUCCUACAAUUUCAACCUUCACAAAGCAGGAAUGGUUAACUUCGAUUGCUCUCCAAUGUGGUUCAAAAAUGGAACUCAUAUUUCAAGAUACUUCAAUGUUGACGCAUUGUAUUUGGCACAUGAAUAUCAAUCGACUGCUUCUGAUUAUAGACAUUUGCAAGUAGCUCUCGGACGGAGAUUCAGAUCUUUGAAGAUUUGGUUUGUACUCAGAAACAUGGGAGCAGAUAAGAUUAGAGAGUACUUGGGAAGAACUGAAGUUUUGGCUGCUGAAUUCUCAAAGCUUAUUCUGGAAAAUGGAAAGUUCGAACAUUUUGUUCCACAACAUCUCGGUUUGACAUGCUUCCGAUUGAAAAAUUCGCCUAACGCUGAUAAUGAGAAAUUGUGCAACACAAUCAACGACGAUCGUCGAAUUCAUCUGGUUCCAUCAACAGUUCAAGGAACUUAUUUCCUUCGAAUGGUUGUCUGUAGUCAAUUGACAACUCUUGAUGAUGUCAUUUAUGCUCGUGACGUCAUCUAUGAAAUCGCUGACCGAUUAUUCUAA